AUGACAGCGUGUAAUACGACAACAACAACUAUUCAACCUAAUGAUAGUGAAAAACUCUUUUAUAGUGAUCUUGAUAAAUAUAUAGAUUCAUUAAGUGUUAAAUUUCGAGAAAAAAGUGUCGUAAAGAAGAAAGUUUGUGAGGAUAUUGUGCAAGCAUUAUUAUUACAAAAAGGUAAGACAUCUGGUUCAUUUUCUCCAA